AAUCUACGACACGAGGUUUGAAGUUUGGUGACCUUGACAGGAGGCUCUGGUGUUGCUUUUGUUCGUAUGAUGGAGGUUGAGAGCUUGUGCCAGUAUGGUGGGAUUAGCGAAGAUGAGUUGGCAACUGUUGGGUCUGAGUUAGUCACCAAACUAAAUAUAGCGUUUGACAACAUUUAUCACGAUGCUAAAGCAGCAAAGGAAAAACUUGCAAAUCUUCAAAAAUCACAAGAGGAAAAUUUGUUACGCUACGAAACUGAGGAGUUUGGAUUAAAGUCGCUCUCUGAAGAACUUGAGAGAAAACUUGAGGAAUGCAGGAAUGCUCUGCGCACAAUGGAAGAAAAGUUGCAUAAUUCCAAUUCAGAAAAAGAGGAAUUUCGUUCGAAGUUGAAUGAUUGUUUGUCUGUUAAUAAUGAACUCAACUUCGCUAUAAGAGGCUUAGAGAAUGAAAAAGAGAUUCUGAAUGACCAGUUGAAGAGCAAGCUUGAACUGGUUGAUUCGUUGAGUACUGAGAUAAGCGGGCUGCGUUCAGAAUCUGAGAGUGUGCGUAAAUUAAAAAUGGAGCUGAUGCUGAAGUCAGAAGAUAUUACUGGACGGGAAGCUUCCGUAAAGGCUCAAGAGGCGCGUUGGUCUGAUGAAUUGUCUAAUCUGCAACGACACAACAGUUGGUUAGAAGAUCGCCUCCGAGAAACAACUGAUCAGCUACUGACUGUUCGCAGGGAUUCGUACCAGAAGUCUUAUUCUCUGGAAGCUGAGCUGGGUCUUCGCACGGCGGAGUUGGAAAAUGCAAAACAGUCUGUUGAAAGACUAGAGGAGAGUGUCAUUAAGCUCACUCAGGCGAAUGAGGAAUAUGUCAUUAAGUUGAAACUAGUGUCUGAUGAACAAAUAAAAAUGGAACAGCUCUAUGGGAAUGAAAUUGAUGCACAAAAACAGCUGAUAAACCUAUACAAGGAGCAAGUAAAAGAAUUAGAAGACAAGAACGAAGAACUAAGUAAUGCUGCAUCUUCGAUGCAAAGGGUUUUGAAGGAUGCUUAUGAAAAUGUUUCAAAGUUGGAGGCCGAAAAAUCUUCAUUGAAAGCACAAUGCAACGAGGCUAAUGCCAAACUUCAGACUACUACCGAACAUCUGACUUCGGAACUAGAGCGUAGUCAGAACCUCCUAGACAAGUUCAGAGUAGACGGUCUGUCCGAGGAAGAAUUACGCCAGCUGAAUCCAUCUGUGUCAGCUACCUUAAGCGCUUUAAAAAGUGGACACAGUCUGACUCAGCUUUAUGCCGAUUAUGUGCAGAUUGUUGAAGAUAGAGACCAACUGCGACUUGAUAAACAGCGGUUAACAGAAUAUGUCGAACAGAUAGUCGAUGAACUCAAAGAUAAAGCUCCUCUUCUGCGCAGCCAUCAGGACGACUACCGAAAGAUACAAGGAGAGUUAAAAGAAAUUACUAGUUCUUACCAUUGUAUAUCGAAAAAGUUUGAGGAAUUACAGUUGCAGAAGCGAGAAAGUGAACGUCGCGCUGGGUUUUAUCAGCGAGAGACAACAAGACUUAAGCAGACAUGUUCAGAUUUGUCUAAGCAGGUGAAAUCACUUUUGUAUGAGGUUGAAGUAUGCAAAGGGACUGUGAUUCGCCACGAAGACGAUCCACAUCUAACGGCAACUACGAAAGAUGCUUCAGAUUCUCCUAACUAUCAGCCACUUCCCGAUAGCUCAAUGGAUAUUAGCAGUGUUUCAAACAUGCUCGAGAAUAUAGCCUCUGCCGCUAGUGUUAUUGAUGACCACCUUGUUACGUGGCGGGACUUAGAUGAAUUGCAGUCUCAAAAUCAACGACUGCUCUGUGUUGCUCGUGAUCUGGCUAGUCAACUGGAAAAAUAUGAACGAGAGGGUUCAGAAACAAGUAAACGUAUUUCUGAGCUUUCUUCUCGCGUGGAAACCCUAUCUGGAGAACUCGACGUGGUGCGUUUAGCUGCUCGUGAAGCACGAACAGAGGCUAAUAUGUUUGUUCAACAGCGUGAUCAAUAUCGUGCUUUACUGAGGAGAUAUGAUAUAGAUGUACGGGAUAAAGAAGAUAUUAGCUCGAGUCAAAGCCAAGAGUCUAUUUCUGAUGGUGUAGAUCUACCAAGUCAUUGUGCAGCUAAUGUUAAAACUCCAAAUAAAAGUCCACUUCCCAAUAAUACAUCCUCUGCCGUAGUUGAACGUCUGGAAAGUACUCUAAGUUCAUUGCAAACCGAAUUCACCCGCUAUCGUGAAGACAAACUGGAGUCAGACAAUGUAUAUACUACUACUAUUGAUAAUCUGCGGAAAGAAUAUAAUGAGGUUAGGCUGUUGAAUCAGAAGCUCAGUUCACAGCUUGAUUUUACUCAUGAAAAACUGCGUGCAUCAGAAGCUAAUGUUUCGGGAUAUAAACAAGAGAUCACUAUUCUUCGAGAAAUGAAUGCUCGCUACUCAACUUCAGCUGCAGCGAGUGAAGCCGAAUUAUCACGUCUCAGAGACGAGCUGACGCAUACGUCUGAUCGUCUCACAACAGCAGAGGUGGAUGCAAGGCAUUUCUCACAACAGUUAGAAUCAGUGCGAGCUAGUGAGUGUCGACUUAGACAGGAAAUCGAUUCUCUACGUCGCCAUGACCAAGUUCAUUCUCAACUCAUGAAUCAACUGCAAGCGAUACAGGGAAGUCUUGAACAAAGAGAAUCAAUGGAUCGUUCAGCUAGUGAACGGAAGAUUGAGCAACUGGAAAAACAACUCACUGCGGCCAAUGCAGCUCUUGUAGAUGCCUCUCAAACAGCUAGAAUCGCACAGCAAACUCUUCAACAUGAGCUGUCACUGUCGCGUGAAAGUGUUGAAUCUAGCAGUCGAGAAAUUGAGCAGCUCAAUGCACGUAUCCGGGAUUUGGAGGAGAAAUUGGCAUCAGUUCAGCCUUCUCAUGAAAAUCCUACGGAAUCAGAGGUAUCUGAAUCAUUUGUUGAAUGUUCAAAGAAGGCGCAGAUACGCGUGCGAGAAUUAGAGCAUGAAAUUGAAAGCCUUAAAUCCAGUUUAGAAUCUUCUCGUGAGCAAUCUGAUCGAAUGAAAGCACUGGCUGAACAAGCAGAAGAACGUCUAAAUGAAAUUGUUGAGGAGAAUAAGCGACUUGAGGGUCAUUUUGCCCGUGACAUGAAUGAGACCAAACAGCGUUGUGAGUUUUUGGAAACUCAACUGGAUUUAGAAAAAAAAGAACGCCAGAAUCUUGUGAAUGAAAAUAUACGAACAACAGAGGAGGCUCAUAAAUUGAAUGCAGAUUUGCGUCGCGAACUGGCUAGCUUACAAAAUGAAUUAGAUAGUCUAAAAGCACGCUGUGAAUCAGCUCUACAGGUUGAAGCUGGUGCAAAGUCUGAAAUAGAAUCUCAUCAAUUGGCUGCUCAGGAGGCCCGUGAUAAAUAUGAACGUGAAUUAUCAUUACACGCACAAGAUGUGGAACUAUUGACAGCAACACGAGCACAAUUGGACUCAGUUAAAAUACACGCUAGUGAAUUGCAAUUGGAACUAAAUGAAGUUAAGUCAAAGGCAGAAACUGCGGUGACUGAUUUAAAGAAUCAAAUGGAGUUAUGGGAGACGGAGAAGCAGGAAUUAGUCCGUCAGUUGAAGCAGAGUCAAGAGGAGCAGAAUUUGUUACAAGAUCAACUCAUUCAGCUCACUCAACAGACGGUCUCAUUAAGAAAAUCGUUAGAUAUUUCAAACACUGCCGUAGAAGAUGGGAGAAGCUCCAUUAGUGAUAUUGAUUCUGUACAUUCAGAUAUACGAACAUCUGAGGAACUGUUGCAAGUUAUUGGCUAUCUCAGGCGUCAGAAAAAUAUAUCGAAUGCUGCCCAUGAAGCUGCCAGUGCUGAAGUAUCCAGGUUGUUGCUGAGAAUUUCUAGUCUGGAGUCACAGAAAGAACAGCUACAGUCUCAGUUGGAUAACGAGCGUAAAGCGGCUGAAUUGGCUAUGGAAACUUCUCGCAAACACUCUGAGGUCAUGGAACGCGUUGAGCAAUUGAACUUAGUAACUGAAUCUAAUAGGUUACUACGACACGAAAGAGAGAUCUUGCGGUCAAAGUUGUCUGACGCUGAAAAUCAGCUCACGAAGAUGAGUGAAGAAGUUGGACCUUUGAAGCAGUUCAACAGUGAUCUCAUUGCACAGAAAGAUAUUCUCACGUCCGACAAAAAAUCACUCGAGGAAGAACGUGAUCGAUGGAAAGAACGUUGUAGUCGGUUGGUAGAAACAGCUCAACGUAUGGAUCCCGAACAAUAUAGGCUAGCCUGUAAUGAGCGCGAUGAUUUGCAGCGUAGACUAAACCGAGCCGAAGAAGAAGUUCUGAAUAAUGUCAACAAACUAUCUGAUCUACGAAAUGAAUCAGAUGAUCAAAUAAGAAGGCUAAAUGCUGUUUUGGAAAAUAUGAGAAAUUCUUAUCACGAGGCUGAACAGAAAAUCUCUUCAUUCAGUGUUCAAGACAAGCGAUUAAAAGAGGAAUUGGGCGCAAAAGAAACAACAAUUCUAAAACUUCGUGAAAUCGGGCGAAAAUAUCGUCAAGAGACGGAAGUAUUACGUCGACAGCUUAAUGCUAGCAGAUCUGAUGAGGCCCAACUUCAGACUACAAAUGAAGCGUUAACUGAGGCUAAAGCUGAUUUGGUUACUUUGAGAGCUGAUUAUUCUUCACUGCGUAGUGAAUAUGAUCUCUUAGAAGCCAUUGUGACAGAAGCUUUGCAAUUUUUAGAUGAAAUAAAGAGUAGAGAGUCUGUCCUGACUAUCAUGAAUUCAUACGUUGAAGGAUCAGAUAACGAAGAGGAUCUCAGUUGUUCAGAUGGUCGAAAGAUGUUAAAUGAAUUUCGUCGUCUACUUUCUGGCUUUUGCAGUGAAAUAGAUCGUUUGCAACAGCAAUCAGAUUCUCAGAAGGAACGUCUACUUCGAACCCAACUAAUAGAAUCCCAGCUUACAAAGUCUCAGAGAGACUGUGCUGAACUUCGUACUCGUUUAACUGAACUCCAAUCAAUUAAUGUUCAUCCUCAGACUGUAUCAGUGAGUUUACAGACCAGUGGAGCUCCAUCUCCCGGGCCUUCAGCUGAAUCUGAACCACAAGAUGGUGUCCACAUAACACAUUCUUUUUUACCACGAAUUCAGUCUUUGGCUACCUCGCCGUCAACUCAAGCCCUCGGAAAUCAGUCACAUAUCGAAGGUCUAACUGGUUUUAAUAACUCGGAAAGUAGUAUGGAAAUAACAAGUUCGGUUGCAUCCUCUCAACCUGCUCCUACCUGGAUUGUACGUGCUGCAGCCACUGUGCAACCGGUUCAACCAACACCUGCUAUCACUCCACCCAAUUCACUUGUUGGACCAAAGCAGACUGCAGAAAUAAGACCGAUAACAAGUAAUGUAGCUGCUGUUAUGCCAACCCCGGCGCCUCCAUCAGUGCCGACAGGGAUUUCAAGUAGUCAAUCAGAAAGUGCUCCUAGUGGUGGACCCUCAAGCAUUGCAAUCUGUUCACCUGUUUCAGAUGCAACGACGGGUUCCAGCUCAUUACUAUUCACAUCUUGCGAUCAAACAGCCACAUCAAUAAUGAGAGGUACAUUCCUGCGUCGGGGUAAUGUGCUUAGUCAACCCCAAGGUAACAUCUUAAUUCCUGUUUCUUCGCAUCCAACUUCUUCAGUUUGUUCUCCCAAUGUACCAUGUGCAGCAGCCCGUUCAACUACAGUUAGUAUAACGGGAAAGCGUAGAUUCGAAGAAGGCUCUUCAAACAGUAAUGCAGAGUCAACACUUUCCAUUGCACCACCAGUUGACGACAACUUUUUUUCAACGAGUGAAGUUUCUAGGAGCAAUGAAAACUUGUUUCUGUCGAUUCCUGUUUCCAGCCAGUUACAUCAGCAGCAAGUAUCCCUCACCUCUCUUCCUUCUGAGUCUAAGCGCAUCCGUCAGGCGGUAGCCAGUGGUUCCAGCUCUUCAGUUUCUUUUACUCAAGCAAGUCCUAGUCCUAUUGUUCUUGGGCGAUCACCUUUUGGUGUCAGCGUACCUUCUACAACUCCACUACAUGCAACUGCUUCCCGUUUAGUUGCUGGUCAACAAGAACCUAGUAGUUCUAAUUGGGGCACACUCACAGUUGCGACUGGUGUAGCUGGUAUUAUAAUCUCUGGAACAAAUGAAACCUCAGAAAAUAUACAAUUACCUUCAAGUGAAACUGUUAUAGAGGUAGAUCAAACUACAACAUCUGAUAUUCCUACUCGUGAAACUCUUGAAAAUGAGAAUUGCGAGGUUAAUAAUCGUGCACCAGAUCAUGUUGAAGUAAGUUUGAGAACGUUCAGAAGUUUAUUUCCACCGGAUUAUUUACUUUGUGUGUUAACUGAAUGUAUUUUGUUACAGUAAAUUAUACGAUGUAGUUACGGGGUUCUUCGGACACUUGGUUCGGUUUGGUUUGUUACAUAUGUUUUAAUAUUUAUGAUAAUGCUUACUUGAUUUUUUAUUUUGAUCCCGUAUCACAAGUUUACUGGAGAGAGGGGGGGGGUGGAUCACAAAUGACAGUUUACCUUAAUAUAGGUGUAAAACACAGGCCGUGUGAUAAACUGUCAUUCGAUAUUAGAUUCGAUUAUUUGACAUACAGCGCACAAUGAUACUGUAUUAUUUCCUUUAUGACGUUUGAGCAUAAGUUAUUGCUCAUAAUCAUAUCACUAUUACCACACAACUUUCCACAUAUGAUUUCUAUAGUCCUAUCAGAUCAGACAAAAAACUUAGAGUAAUUAUCAAUUACUGUAAUGCAUAAUCGCAAAAUAGGAUGCGAUGAAGUGGCGACCCGAAAAACAACUUAACAGAGCAAACUGAGAGUUUGAUUACCGAUAAUUGGCUUAUCGAAUGAACACUGAGUACAUGCAAUAGAAAUGACUCAACACCUGUUCUAGGUGUUUAAAAACCAAAAUGAGACAGAUCUAUCGAAAUAGAAUGUGAAUGUUGUGGAGUCACAUUUGAUAUGAACGGUCAUUCAGUACGUAACACACUGUCUCGAUGUCCAAAAUAGUCAACGAACGAAUUAAUACAGAAUCGCAUACAGCCAAUGGCUAAGUCCCACUUUUAUGUUAAGAAUCUGGUGUUUCUAAAGUACUUUAUUUAGUAACUGAAUGUGAUCGAUAUUGAUUUUACACGAAAGAUUGGUGGAAAAAAACAGGUGUUCUAGAAGAGGGCUAAAUAUCAGUCACGAGAUCUACUCGCGUCUCUGAUUCCUGUUCUCAAAUGAUCUUGGAUAUACAGCAUACUGAAGUGAAUGAUAUAAUGGAGGUCCAGUAAAGUUUUUCGAUAAAUCAAAGUAUUUCUUUUCAUAAAGUCAUUGUGGCAUAAACUAUUCUGUUUCUUUCCGAAUAGUUGAGAAGAGCUUAUCGUUUGAGAGCUGUAGGCGGAAAUGGAAUCCUAAUCUCUAAGAAAAUUCAUCUUUUCAACUUAAUCCCUUCCAAUUAGUAACAUAAAAACUUGUUUGGAUAAUUUUUCUUGUUUCUGAUAGCAGUUUUGUCUGGAUAUAAUCACAUCUUAAUCACUAUGAAGAUAUUUAAGUUUCCUGUUAUGUUCUGCAGUGUUCGAUUUUACAUUCGGAGAAAGAAGGUAAUAUUUCGUAAUGUGAACGAAGACAGUGAACUACACCUAUUGUGUUAUGCCUAGUGAUACUACCUGACUUCCCAAACCUCGGUAGGUGGAGCGAGGUUCGAACCAGUGAACCACUGGUUGAUAGUCAUUUCCUUGAACCAUUCUGCCAUGGCUCCACAUUUGUGGUGCCAAUGGUCUUGGGUUUGAAGCAAUCAGUUUUGUCAUUAUAUUAGUUUUCAUUAAAAUAGUUAAGGGUAUGUACUCAAAAUGGGUUUAUUUAUUGACUCGGAUUACUUGUUUGAAAUGCAAAACUCAAAGCUGAAGAACAGUGUUUUUGUACGUGGUUGGGCAUAUGGAAUGCAAACGAUGUAAGAUUGACUACCUCAGGAAUCUUCAUUCAAUCAUUCUUGGAUACUACACCUCAAUACGUCACCAACAGUGGCAUUUAAAGAUAGAGGUGGAAAAUCAUCUUUUAGACUGGCUGAAAUAAAAGGCAAAAUGCAGAAAUUAGACGUAAUCCCCCAUAACUGAUCUCGAUUUCUGUAGUUUGCAGGAAAGAAUAAAACUCCUAUGAUAGUCAUGCAGGUAUAUGAUUCGAGACUGUCUAACCCGUAGGUCGAAUUAAGUAGUCGAACAAACAAGACUUUACGCUACAUUGGGUCCUGUUUAUCUUUGACGUAUAAAGGAGCGUAGGUUUGCUAGUCUACAUUUAAACAAUAGAUGAUAUGACACAGAAUAGAUAGCAGUGGUGGAGAUGUAUCCACAACGUAUCUUCACCAAAAUACUUGGUAUCUCAUCACUGUAGAACUCUAGUCCUUUCAUCAUCUUGCAUUUAGUCUUCUGGCUUAUCUUUUUGAGGCCGCUGGUAUAUUGUUUUUCGUCUUUUCUAUUCCCUCCUGGUGAAAUCCACUUUAAUGUGCUGAUAUGAGGUAUGGCAACUGGGAUUAGCAGGCAGUCAUACCAGUUUAUCUGUUGUCUAUGUCUCAUCUAAAUACCUUCCGUUCUUAUGGAAUUUUAACAAUCAAUUGUUCGCUAUUUGGUUAAUUCAAAGAAAUUGAAUUAGGUGGUUGCCUGUGUACGAAAUAUGUAUUGCAAGGAACGAAGUGGAUAUCUGAUGUUUGCCACAAAAAUUAAAAGCAGGUACUUUCCAACUUUCACUCUACUCCUAAACUUCAAGUUGUAUUGAUAUCAAUGUAAAACUUGGAAACUGUGGUAGAAUGUAACUCCAUAUUAGAUUUGAUGAGUUCAUAUAUAGCACACAAGGAAUAGUGUUAUUUACUUGAUGACGUUCCGAUCAUAAAUUAUUGCUCAUAACCAUUUCAAUGAAUAAUAAUUUAUGCUUUACUUGUUCAUACCCUAUCGUAAAUAGUUUCUUCUGUCUCGUUCUUCUCUAUUGCGACUGGUAUCAUUAUUUUCACUUUUCUUUUUCUCAGUAUCUCUAAUCAUAUUGAGGUUCCGCUUGUGGCUUUUUACCGUACAUUGUUGUUUCUGUUUUCUGCGAAAUAAUAGUGUUAGUUUUUGCCACUUAUAAUUUUCAUUCAUUUUUCCUUAUUUAACAGAUGAUGACUGAAAAUAUCGAAAUCACAGAGUCUGUAAUCCCAGCUUCACAUUUUGACUCCACUGUGCCAGCAAAACCUACAUCAAGUACACAUCAAGAGGAGUGUGAGUCUUCUGAUAAUGAAGAAGAAUGCUAUUCAGAAAACGAUGUUUUUGAUGAGGCUGAUGCACAUGAAUCUGCGUCUAUGGAUGAAUACGCUGAAAGCGAUUCUAAAGAUUCACAAUUCGACAACAAUAAUAACAAUGUUGAGUUUGACCAUGUUCCUGCAUCUUCAGAACCUUCUAAUUUCAAUGUAUCAGAGUCAUGCAAACAGGAUAUUGAUACUGUCUACGACGAAGGUUCUGCGCCAGAGGAAGGAGUAGUUGAACAAGAAGAUUACGUCGAAGGAGAUUUCGAUGAAUACGAAAGAGAAGGUGAAGCCAAUGCUGACUCCUAUACCGAAGAUGAAGAAGGAGAAGAAGAGGAGGAAGUUAUCGAGCUCAGUAGUGGUUCUGGUGAUUCCCAGCCACAUGAUCUUGAUGAUGACGACGAGAACUACCCUGGCGUUAAUGAAGACUAUGAAACUGAGGACACGAAUGCACACAUGGCAUCCGCAGAAGACGCUGAGGCCGUCGAUAUUGGGGGUGAUAGAUCAAACGAAAACGAUGAACAAUUACAUCACGAUGAUGGUAGUAGAGAUGCAAAUGACAUUGUUAUACCAGUUACCACUCAAACGUCUAACACAUUUUCUACUUCUUCGACUGCAGAAAUUCAGCCUCUAACGUCCAGCAGGAGUUUAUUUGGUGAAUCUUCUAUCCCAAGUCUUUUUAGUGGUUCAAAUUUACCUGCAUGUUCCACCGCAGUUUUGGGUUCAUGUGGCCUUUUUUCAGGAUUCAAGCCUUCUUCUUUUACUGUUCCCUCUUCUACUACGACUACUGAGUCUGAACUUUCAUCUAGCAGUAGCGCGGGGCUUUUUAAAUCAUUCUUACCUGUCAAUACAGCUUCCAACUCGACAACUACACCCCUUCUUUUCAAGCCUUCCGCAUUCACUACCACAGUUGCAACUAAUAAGGAAACCGUAAACGCUGGUGAAACUGGGACAUGUCGACCUAAAAUCCAACCAAUCGUUUGGGAUUCUUUUGAUCCGUCUACUGCUCAGCCCAGUGUACCUGAUAAUACCUGCGCUAUUGGCCCAACUCGAAGAAAGAAGUGGACUCCUGUUACUUCUGUGCCAAGAGGUACUAGACGUUCCAGCUUACUUCCUAGUAGAGGUUGUGCUACAGGAAAACCCGGGACCACACGUGGUGGUUUAGCUCCAAGAAGAGGCUAGUAGCUAAACAUUGUGAUUGUACACUUAAGAUUUGAAAAUCAUAUGCAUUUUUACUUAUAU